AGGGAAGGGUAUAGUUUGUCCAAUGCGCCAGACUGAUUUCCAAGUUGGAUCGGGACGGUUUGUUUUCUUCGGUGUGUGUGGACAGGCUGCCCAGUCCCCAUGGCUGUGAUGGCUGCUGUUUUUAGCCUGUUCGGCAGCGCCUCUGCCCCGGCUAUUUUUCACGACGUUAGCUGGCUCGCUCUCCUCCUCUUGUUUGCCGCCUCCAUCGUGACCGUGUUGACUUGGCUGGUGCAGUAUUCAUUCGGGAUUUUACGCCGAGCCGGGCCAGCCGCCAAGCAGCACGGCCCUCCUGCCAGUCUGGGACUUUGCAGCUCCCUCUUAAAGCUGGGAUGCUCCCGGGAAGACAGCGCCUCGGCGUCGGGACUCAAGCGUUUGGUCACGUCCCUAUUCUCCUUCAAAUCCUUCAGGGAUAACUGGCAAAGAGCGUGGAUCAAAGCACUGAACGACCAGGCUUGUCGCAUUGGGAGCUCUGUACAGAUCAGCUUUGAAGAAGGUCCCCAGCUACCAUCAAUGGCAUGUAUCAGUCAAGUGGCUUGUAUGGAUCAAUCAGAACAGAGCAUGGUUCUUUGCUGCCAGUUGGUGGUAGAUGCAAUUCAGUUCCCUGUGUCUGUUACCCAGCAGUCUCCAGCUGCCGUUUCCAUGGAUUCUUACCAGGUGACCUUGGCUCCACUUAAGGCGCAGAUGGAGAUUUGUUUGGAAGAAACAGAAGCUGAGGGCCUGCUGGUCACUUGGUCAUUUAAGGAACCUCCUGCUCUGUCCCUCACAGUCACCUCCAAACUACAAAGAAGGGGGAAUGAGGGGAAAGCAGAUGUUUCCACCAUUAAAGAGCUGAUUGAGGAUACAAUAGUCAGCACCAGUCCAGCCAUGUUGGUCAAUCUCAAGGCACACGUAGCAAACACAGUACCUGCUGAGAAAUUUGGGAAGGGAUUGGCAUCUCCAUCAAAGGCAGUGCUCAAUGCCGGGUGCAGGCUGGUGGUCAGAGAGCUGAAGGCAAACGUGAGCAGAGCGGAAGAAGUGGGAAGUAGAGAGCUGUGUUGUGUGUUGGAGCUGGAUAGCCCGGUGCAGCUUAAAAGAACAAAACCUGUGGUGCCCAAGUCUCCAAAUGGAAACUCAGAGCUGAAGUGGAAUGAGGAGCUGAUCUUUGAGCUGGGAGCAAGAAGCAAGGAGAUGAAAGUGAAGAUUGUGGAAAAGUCAGAGCAAAGUGAGAGCAUACUGUUAGGGCAGAGUGUGAUCCCGCUGGAUUUACCUCGGAGAUCCCCUUCUGGAUAUCAUAAUUUAGCAUUAGCAGCCACUCCAGGGAUAUCAAACACUGCUACUGGAUCAGUUUCACUGGAGUUGAGUUACAUAGAACCUACAGAUUCUAAGACAGCCCAGUCACUAGUCCCUGUGCGAACAACUAUGACCCCUACAAAAAAGAUUGAAAUGGAUCGAACCAUAAUGCCUGAUGGAACGAUAGUGACAACUGUAACAACCAUCCAAUCCCGGCCCAAGAUGGAUGGAAAGAUGGAUUCUCCUACGCGGUCACCCUCAAAGGUGGAAGUAACAGAGAAGAAGUCCAUCAAGAUGGAUGACAGCCCUGUAAAUCUGUCUCACAAUAACGCAGUGGAUAAUCACCUAGCCAAUGGUUUGGAUCCGGUGGUACAGACAGCAAUCCGGCAGCUGACAGAAUCCGCCAACAAGCCCAGCAAAAAGACACCAACUAAACGCAGCACAUUGAUUAUAUCAGGCGUUUCCAAGGCCCCCAUUGAUCAGGAAGAAAUGGCUCUCUCAGUCGGCUACGCAGCUUCCAUGGAUGCCUCUCUGCAGGGUGAGACAGGUCUGCCGUCUCUGCCUCACUGCAGUGCUCAGAGCGCGCUGGACUCUCCCAAAUCUGCCGACUCCCAGAACCAGUGGCAGAUGGUCAGUCAGGACCUGGAUGAAGCAGCAGUAUCGGAUAUUUCCGAGCGGCCAUCGGUGGACGAUGUCGAAUCAGAAACUGGGUCAACAGGAGCACUUGAAACAAGAAGCUUGAAGGAUCACAAAGUUGGUUUCCUCCGCAGCGGCACAAAGCUUUUGUUCAGGAGGAGAAACAAGCAGAAGGAGCCAGGUUUCAGCCACUCGCACGAUGACCUCUCCAACGUGAGCGACAGCCCCGCCUCCACACGGAAGAAAUCGGGCAGCUUCUCGCGGAAGCUGAUCAAGCGAUUCUCUUUCAAGUCCAAGUCCAAGUCCAAGGCCAGCGCUAACGGCAGCACUGCAGCAACUGGGAACUGACUGCGCUGGGCUUCCCAGAGAAAGUUGUCAGACAAAAGACCUGGACUACCUGGGGUAGAUCAACAGGUGACGAAACACUUGGGCCAGUCGGGAGUUUUUUUGCAGUAAUUCAUAUCCUGGUUUCUUCUCAAUGACUUUUCUGUGAAAUGAAAGGAGUGCUGCCAUCUUUCAUCGAUCAUCGCUUGUAAAAGCCAUUCUGCAGUGACAUUCCUCCCUAGUUACGUCACAAAGCAUCAAAGCAUGGAGGAAGCCUGAAGCUUUUAACAGCCUGAAGCUAAGGAUGACCUUGAGUCAGGAACUGAGACAAAAUGCAUUUGUUUGGUGACACUAGCUUUAAAUGUAAAUUCUCUAUACCCUCCUCACCGCUUCCCAGUUUUAUUUAUUGAAAAUCUAUAAUGAUGCCAGGUUUGGCAGCUGUGAGAUUCUGAUUUAUUGUUUUAAUUGGGAUGAAUGAAUUCUGUCCUUUCAUUGAUUGCUAACUAUUCUUAAAGUGUUUGCCGAGUUAUAGCGUACUGUUGUUUCAGAAAGUAAAUGAAAAGACAAGUGUGAACUCCUUCACUACUUAGAAAGAAAACACCUUGACUUAGCGUUGCCACGCUGCUUAUAGUCCCUUAGCAGAACCAAGAAGUGGAUGGUGAAUUUAGUUAGUUUUGCAGGACAGAAUGCACUUUUUGUGGGGAAAGGGGGAUCACGUCAGUGAGUUGGAAUAUUUUGCUUUUAACCUGCACUUAGUUCUUCAGGUUCACAGGUCUCAAUGACCGAUCUUCUCAUCCAUUUUCCUAAGUGUAUGUGUAAUAAAUUUAAGCUGGAAUAUUGUAUCCAAUUCUGGACACCACACUUAAGGAACUAUGUCAAUUCUUUAGUGAGGGUGCAGUGGAGGUUUGCUAAAAUGGUACCAACAAUGUGUGGACUUCAGUUACGUGAGAGACUGGACAAGCUGGGCUUAGUCGCCAUAGAGCAGAGAAGGUUAAUGGGAAAUUUAAUAGCGGUACUCAAAACUAUACGAAGGGUUUUGAUAGAUUAAUUAAGGAGAAAUUGUUUCCAGUAGUAGAAAGGGUCAACAACCAGAGGAUGCAUUUAAGUUAGUUGACAAAAGAACCAGAGGCAAAUGAGAUUUCUUUUAUUUUAAAUGUGGUGAUUUGUUGUGAUCUGGAAUGGACUAUGAAAAAGGGAGGUGGGCACAUUUAAUGGUAAUUUUCAGAAGGGAGUUGGGUAACUAAAAAGAGGGAGAAAAGUGCAGGUCUAUGGUGAAAGAGUAGAAGGGAGUGGAAAUGAUUUUAGUUGCUGCUUCAAAGAGCUGGUGUAAGAACGAGCUGUCUACUUUGCUGUAUUGUUCCCAUGAUUCUGUGCAUGCUCCAUUAGGUCACAAAAACUUAGUGCACUUGGUUUAUAACAAAACCAUUUCAAUACACCAUCAGAAAAUGCGGAAAAGCACCCAGCAGGUCAGGCAGCAUCUGUGGAAACAGAAAAAGAGUUAACAUUUCAGGUCAGUGAUCUUUCAUCAGAACUCACAAGAACGAAAGGUUAACUUGAAACAUUAACUCUAUUUCUCUCUCUGCAGAUGCUGCCUGACUUUAUGAGUAUUUCUAUCAUUUCUGUUUUUAUUUCAGAUUUCCAGCAUCCGCAGUAUUUUGCUUUUUGUCAAAAUGCCAUCCACAGGAUAGAAACUUGGGUAACGGGCUAGAAUUUGAAUUGAAAGUAAAGUUUAUCACAAUCGAGGGAGCAUUGGCAUGAAAAGUCCCCAGUGUGCCCAUUAUCGCAGCACACUGUGAGCACGGUAUUUGGUGAUUGCGGUCACAAAGGCAACCUUCAGUGAAUAAGUUAAUAUGUUAUUAGAGGAAUGUCGUUAUACAUGUUGUACAUAGAUUUGUGGUAGUGGGGAUCUAACCUGGAGUGCUAGGUGCCACUGUCUGUAAAAUAAAAACCUGCCUUGUACUCAGAUCUUGCAGCAUGCUGGCCCUCAGUAGCAAUAAUCUGGGUACACUAUAACCUCUCGAGUCCAGAAAUCUAUUGUUCGGAAACACCAGUUGUCCGGAAAUUUUUGGAGCAGGCACAAGUAACUCACGGUACUUUGGGGGCAGAAACAUGGAAGAUACCAGUAUUUAGAUAGGUUUAAAGUAGAAUUACUGCUUUAUAAUGUUUUAUCACUGUGUUAUUCUUCAGCUAAAUACUUAUAUCUAUAGAGUUUCAGUCACAGAAUUGUGGUUAGGCAUUCAAACGUUAUUCUAUAAUCCAGAAAAUUCCAAAAUCCAGAAAUGGCUUGGUCCCAAGCAUUCCAGACUGGAGAGGUUACAGUGUUUCUUGUUCCCUGGAUACGGAGAGGUUUCCUGGAAAGUGAGAGAAGGUAAACUGAGAGUCAAGGUUCUGAAAGGUUUGCUUAUAUAGCAAUGUGAAGACGGUCAAUGGAACUAUUCUCUUAGCCAUGGACUCCAAUAUGUCAUUAGGGCCAAGGGAGGUUAUUAUACGGAAAGCAUUAACAGGAUUUAUGGACUAGAUCCCCACCUACAGAUGCCUUUCUAGAUUUUGUUCUCCAGUUACAUAUUGAGGCAUCUCAAUUGCCAUUAUAACGAGGGUGGAACCCUGGUUCAAAGAGAUGUUUGCAGAUGGUUCUUUGUGAGAUAUGAGUGUAAAAAGUUUAUUGUACAUAGUAAAUUUUAAUCUAGUCUGGGAGGAGAUGGUAAUGGGGGAUAUAUGAGAGUGGUUAUAUUUAUGAUGUGAAAUUGUUUUAGCAUUUAGGCAGUGACUUCCCCCAGCAGCAGGUGACACUCUGCAGAUCAUUGACAGCCAUUUUGUUUUCAGUUUAUUUAGAUUAUCAGGUGAAUGGGAUGGAGUCUGUGCUGGGAUUGUGAUCUUAAAUAUUGCUGAGAAAAGAGACCUGUCAAAGCUUUUCGUCUUGCACUUAUCAAAACACUUGCAAGAAUACUAAUAUAAAGGGGAAAACAACAAUUUAUACUGUAUGAGAAUAGA